AUGGAGAAUAACACGACAAGUCCUGGUGGAUCUGUCAAGAUUGCUAAUAAUGACUUUAGAAGUUGGGAGGAAAUCGUUGUAGAGUUUCUUGAAAGACUUGGUUUAGACGAAUCUGCAAAAGUUUUCCAAGCAGAAAUGCUCGUUUUCCCGGCGAGUCAGCGACUAAAAGCCUCUGAUCAUGUCAAUUGGCUGCUUCGAGAGCUUACAGCCUACAUGACUACGGUCGAACUUGAUAAAGGCGUCACGGCUUCUAACGAUAGGAAGAGGGCUGCGGAGGAUGAUGUGGCCGAAUUCAAUCCCGUCAAACGGCUUCUGAAAAUAUACCCCAAAUCAGUCGAAAUAGAAUCAACAAAAGCAGAGCUUGAUCAGAAAAUUGAUGUCUUCAUGGAACAAAAGAAAUCGGAAAUAAAUAAUAGCAAUCGCAAGGAAUUUCUGAGCAAGGCUACAGAUCCAAAUAACCCAGAUGGUUCGCGUGAUAUAAUAGUGCAUUUAGUAGAUGCUAAUUUCGAAUUUCAUCUAACAGACUAUUGCUUGUUCUUAGAUGUUUCAUGUGCCCGUUCUGAAGCUGCUGCGAUAAACAGAAACAUUCAAAUGAAGCACGAUGUCGUCAAUAAUGAAGAUGGCCCAUUGGCGCGUUCUACAUUUACAGCAUCUACUCGCCAGAUUAACGGCAAUAAUAGAAAUCCUCGCGAAUUACAACGAUUAAUAGACCUGCCACCUGGAGUCGAAGAGCGAUUGCAGAAUAUACAAGAACACCUGAACGUGAAGAUUGUCACACCAAUUCCAUUGAAUGUAUAUGAACGGCUAAGAGUAAUAGAAGAUAAAAUCAUGUUAUUGGAACGUGACUUUCCAACUUGGGCGUCUGAGCAUUUUAAUCAACCGAAUCAAGAAUCCUCUCAAUCAUUAGCAACUAUAGUUACUCGCAACGCCAACAGCGACAUUGUCUCUUCAGUGACAUUGCCUUCUGGAAGUGUGGUCACAACUGCAUUUACCUCGCCACAAACCCACGAUCCGCCAAUAUCCACGAAUUCGAUUGCAUCGGAAAAACUAUGUCAGCCAGUAUCGAUAACAGAUACUAACGUGCGUCCAAUUAAAUUAAAAGGACGUGCCAAUUCAUCGUUAACCAGAUCGGUGAUGAUGCAGUUAGAGCAGAUGCGUGUCGUGAAGGAGCAGGAGGAAUCAAAGGCAAAAAAUGACUCAACAUCCGAAACGAUAGAUAUGCAGGGGAGUCAAACGGUUAGUUUAGAAGAGCAGAUGGAUGAGCAGAUGUCUGAUAUUGAGGUUGCUGGGACUAGUAUAGCAGAUAAACAGAAUGAAAUUAUCUCUAUUGAGGGCGAUGACAUGUAA